AUGACCAUCAUGGAGUCUGUUUCAUCAUCAGAGAACCACGACAUUGUCGUCAACGGCGGCGACCAGAACCGAGACUAUUACUCGAAACCGGAGCUCGUCACAGCCGUCGGAACAACUCCCGCAACACCGGACGACGAAAUGGUCGAGUCAGGUACCACUACAAUGCAUAUGUACUCGGAGCUCAGCAGUCGGGAUCAAAUGCAAUAUGGCAAGACCAAGCGCGGCCUGUCUUCUCGACAUAUGCAACUUAUCACCAUCGGCUCGUCUAUCGGGACGGGUAUGUUCCUGGGUAUUGGCAGCGCCCUGGCCCGGUCGGGUCCCCUGAGCGUCUUUCUGGGAUUCACAUUCUUCUCGGCCUUUGUCCUCUUUCCUCUGAUGAUGUGUGCCGCCGAGCUGUGUUCGUGGCUCCCCAUCAGAGGCAGCAUCUUUCAAUUCGCCGAUCGGUACGUCGAUCCUGCCUUAGGAUUUGCGAGCGGUUACGUCUACUGGUACGGGGCUCUUAUGUUGGUCUGUUCCGACUUUACUGGUACUGUUUCCGUCAUUCAGUUUUGGGACGACAAGACCAAUCCAGGAUACUAUGUGUUACUCACAUUGGGAAUUUCAAUCCUAUUGAACUUAGUGGCAGUUCGCUGGUAUGGGGAGAUUGAAUUCGUCACGGCCAGUUUCAAAAUCCUACUUAUGCUCGGCCUGAUCUGCGCCACCUUUAUUACCAUGCUGGGCGGAAAUCCCAACCAUGACCGAUAUGGCUUCCGCUACUGGAAAACUCCUAUGAAAGAAUACCUCGAGCAAGGCGCCCUAGGUCGGUUUCUGGGCUUUUGGCGUGUUCUUAUAUAUGCUGGUUUCGCGUGUGGUGGUCCUGACGUUAUCAUGAUGUGCUCUGGCGAAGUGCAAAACCCGCGCAAGGUGAUUCCAGCAGCGACACGCAAGAUCUAUUUUCGGUUAGGUCUUUUUUAUAUUGUCGGCACGCUCGCGCUGGGGGUCAUCUGCGACGCAUCGAGCCAGGAGCUGGUCGACGCGCUGACCUCAGGGAGUUCGGGUGCAGCGGUAUCGCCGUGGGUGAUCGGGCUGCGGUCGCACGGGGUGAACGGUCUAGCAAACUUUGUGAACGCGAUCGUGCUGACAUCGGCGUGGUCGUGUGGCAACGCAUACGUGUAUUCCGCGACGCGGACACUGUACGCCAUGUCGAUCAACAACAAGGCCCCGAAAAUCUUCCGCAAAUGCUCCAAGGCCGGCGUGCCCGUAUACGCGCUGGGCGUGGUGGGGCUGAUCUCAUGCAUCACCUUUCUCAACUCCAGCAACUCGACGUCGACCGUGUUGAACUGGUUCAUCAACCUGUCGACCGUCUCCUUUUUGAUCACCUACAUGAUCAUCCUGUACACCUACAUCUGCUUCCGGCGGGCCAUGAUCGCCCAAACGGGUGACCUGUCGGUACUGCCGUUUCGCACACCCUUCCAUCUCCAACCAUACGCGGCUUGGUUCGCCAUCUGCUUUUGCUUUAUUAUUAUGCUGUUCAACGGCUUCUAUGUCUUUUGGCCCGGAGCCUUCAACGCCGCCGACUUCAUCUCGUCGUAUUUCGGCAUCGCCUUCUUCAUCGUCACUUACGCCUUCUGGAAGAUCUUCAAGAGACCCAGCUUCGUCAAGCCCGCCGCCGCCGAUAUCUAUAGCGGCAAACAGGAGAUCGAUGACGAAGAGGCCGAGUUUAUCGCCGAGCAGGAAAAAAGACCAAAGAAAUUCUGGGAUCCCGUGGUAGACUUUAUUUUCUAG